AUGAAGGAGAGUGAAAUAUCGAAUGAUAUUUACUAUAGUGAUGCCAUAGACGGUCUAGAGAGAUUCACUUUGUGGGCCCUAAACCUUGGGGCUUUGAGAGAGCCUGGCUCUCAGCUAUCAAUAGAGUACCGACUCGCAGAGGAUCCAGAUAUUCGAAUUGCAAUUCAUCAGCAGCUCGACGAUUUCUUAGAAGCUAUUGAUGAUGUGGCCACAAUUGUGCAGGGAAGUCAGGCAAGUUACGAGUCAAAGGAAGACGACAAAGAUAUGGAACAUCGUGAUGGCUUCGAUGAUACCAAGGAAGAGCCAUCCGAAGUGAUUUGCACGAACUUCGAGCUGAUAUCUAUGUCCCUGGAGGCGCUCUUUCGAAUUGCCGAUCUCGUCAGAAAAGCAAACCCUUCGCCACCCUGGCAGCAUGCAGAGGACGCUGAUUGCCCAAGCAGCCUUCAAACUAGAGUUACUGGAAAUCCAGUACCUGAGGCUUUAAACAACGAUGAUCUUGAAGAACCUCUACAGCAACCACCAACUGAAGCUCCCGCCCCCGCUGCCUUAUCCUGA